UUGUUGGUUCUAUGGAAACAAGUUAAAACACUGUAAAAGGAUACUGCAAGGUAAACUCAAAUUUUUAUCGCCUUCAAAUUAGAGCCCUUCUGCUGUAAGAUCCAAUUGCAGCUUUAACAUUUUCACAAAGAUGUUGUUGCCACAGGCUCUGCUCACCGCCACGUUAGCUUUCUACUUCAUGCAUUCAUCUCUUGGUUCAAGAAGUGUAACAGUUACUUCCACACUCACGGCAACAUCAAAUUCAACCAUUGGCACGACCUCUCCAGUUGUAGUUAACAGCACUACUACUACCAGCACUACUAUGUCCUCCCUUCUCUCUAAGGGUGGACAUAGAAUGACUACCGUAUCAAUAGCGAAGUCCGUAGAUCACUCUGUCAAUCAGACCUCCACUGUGUCUAUUGGUUACGCUGCAGUAAGGUGGUCUUCUUGGAGAGUAGAAAAUACCGAUGAUUGCCAGAAGAAGUGUUGUGACACAGGGGGCCCAGUGAUUCGCCAGAUAAGAAAUUGUACGAUCAUAACAGAGCGAUGCAUAGGUCUCAAUAGAUGCUCACAUUAUGGACCCGUGGAGCGAGAUGUAUCGUGUUACACAGUGUGUGAUUGCAUGCACAGUCUCGGGCACUUUUUGGCUGCUCCGGUGAUUAUGACGGUCAUGUCCAAUGUUCUAGCAGUUACUUGGUAGAAUGUAGCAUGCAACUAAAGAUAUGUACUGAGUUUGUAGCCAAUCAUCGUCGUGGAUAUGUUUUAAAGGAUUUUUUUCUGUUCCCUGACCCGCGCUCAUUUUGCUCUUUUUGUUAACAAAUAAGCUAAAGCGAAAGUUCUUCUUUUUCUCGUCACGAGUGUGGGACAAAGAAAAAAAUUCAGUCGGUCGAAGGCCGAUAAACGCAAACCUAAGACUAAGUUUUAAUCCGGGUUUCUUUAUUUCUUUGUACAAAAGCCUUGUUGGGAUAGUUUUUUCUAUUCUUUUUAGAGCAUCUAAUAAUCAUAUCCUAGACAAAAAUAAUAAUACUGAAUUUUCUAUAAAAGCUUUCAUAUCUAAAAUCAGAUUUCACACUAAUCCUGGGUUAUCUUAACCCAGCUUUGAACAACCCACUCCUGAGUCUCAACAGGGAAACCAGACAUUCCGAUUCCGCGCGCGCUCUGAUGCACUACCACUAAGACACAGACACUCCUCGCUCGGUAAACUAGGCCAUUACGAAGUUAAUAAGCUUAAGGUUUGCUCGUUUCUGCUUAUUUGUUAAUUUUUCCUUUCAGUGUCAUAAUAACAUCACGCUGAAAAGUAACAAGUGCGAGAACUUUUUAACUAGAAGACAGAAAAUCAAGCUUUCUUAAAAUAAGUUUAAUGUACCAGUCUUUGUCCCUUUUGUAAAAUUUUAUCCUAUUAGUGAUUAAAAAGAAGUUUUUUUCGCGUACAUCAUAUUAUUAAAAAGCUAUACGUAAGGCAUUACAGUAGUGGGUUAGAUAAACUAAAAGAAAGAACUCAGGAGAGUUAAGCUCUGCCUCACCUGCGCUCAAAUCUCAUCAUCGAGGUUAAAUUCUUAUGGUGUCGUUGGCGAGAUUUUCCACAGUUCUUUAAACAGUCACAUGUUGAUAAUUCUCACCUAGAACUAUGUUUAUUUAAGUCUGUUAGAGUUAAAUUUUUUAAACUCUUUAGCUCGUGUUCUUUUUGGUUUUCCUAAACGGUAAAUGUGUCACCAAUAUGACUACCAUGAUUGCUACAUUAAUUUUCGAAACUUGAUUCUUUAUUCUUAGUAAAAUACUGUGAUACAGCGCUGAGAAAAGGCCAUUAAAUUUACCAUAAAAUUCAUUAAUAGCAAUUUUUUUUUUACUUUGUGUACCUAGAAUUUUGUUUAAAAGGCAUAAAUGUAGAUUAUUGCCUACUUUACUGACACGUUAAUUAUGUUAAAGGUAUCUAAGAGGUGAAUUGUGUGAAAAUUUGAUUGAACUCCAUUAAUCUGCUUCCGAUUUGUUUUCUUUUUUAACGUUGCAUAUUUCAUGAUGGUGUUACUGUAUUUUUAUCAAUACUUCUUCUGUAAUAGCCAUGUAAUUUUGCCGAUAACCUAAAAAAGGGAAGACCUCUCUAAAAACCUUCAUGCCACUUCCUUUCCUCCUUUGCAACUGCUUGAAAUCUGUCUUUCAAUUUAGCACAAUGGAGAUCCAGGAUUAGUAACUUAAUUGUAAGUAAGAAUUGCACAAGGGAAGGGAGAGGAUGGAUAAAAUAAAUCGAUUGUUGUUCGCCUCUCCU